AUGGCGGCGGCGGCGGCGCCGAGCGGCGGCGAUCGGGCGCCGGAUCGCGGCGGGGAGGAAAGCGCAUGCGCGGAGCAGGAAGGGGGCGUGGCCAGAGGGGACCACGCCCUGUGCGUGAAAACGGAGAGUGAGGAAGAGGAGGAAGAGGAGGAGGAGGAAGAGCCCAAAAAACCCCUGAAAAUUCCUAAAAAAAGGCGGGAAAAUUCAGGAUCGGAUUCCGAGGAUUCUGAGGAUUUGCCGUUGGCGAAAUGGGCGGAGAAAGGGCGGAAAAGGGGCCGGGAAAAGGAGGAAGAGUCCGGGAGGAAGAGGCGGAAGGAGGAGGAAGGGGAAGAAUGGUGGAGGCAGAGGAAGGACACGCCGGAAGUGACGCGGCUGAAGCGAUACCUCCGCGCCGCCGGGUGGCGCCCCAACUACAAGCGGCUGUUCCGGAAGUGCCGGAGCCAGCGGGAGCUGCUGGAGGCGCUGCGGGGCGCCCUGCGCGACAUGGGGCUGCACGGGACGCCCUCCCUGGCGCGCUGCCGCCGCCUCCGCCGGCGCCGCGAGGAGAAAGCCGAACUCGCCGCGCUCGACGCCGCCAACAUUUUACCGGCCCGGUCCCGCCGGAGGAACCCCGAAAAUUGCCAAAAAUCCCCCCCGGAAUCGCCGCUGCCCCCCCCGGACUGGUCGCGGCUCCGCGGCAUCGUCAGCUCCGACAGCGAGUGAGGAACUCCCGCCUUUUGGGGGGAAAUCACGGAUUUUGGGGGAAAUCACGGAUUUUGGGGGGAAAAUAACGGAUUUUGGGUGAAAUCACGGAUUUUUGGG